AUGGCUUUACAAAGAUCUGAUGAAGAGAUGGGAGACAUUGAAUCCGCUGCCAUCAAGUCCGAACUUCCAACAGCCCACGACACUCAAGCCAAACCUAUCCCAGAGCAACACGAGUUGGAUGAGUCACUUUCAAGAACCAAGUCAAGACAAUCGAAUACUCUCGCGAGAAUUGCAAGUCACCUCACGACCCGCUCCAUUCGAGAUCCUGGACCACCACCCGAUGGCGGCGUGGUCGCAUGGACCCAGAUUUUCUGUGCCUGGCUAGCCAUCAUGAACUCAUGGGGCUUCGUCAAUUCUUUUGGCGCUUUCCAACCAUACUACGAGUCUAUUUUGCCAGAACCAGCGUCCACCAUCUCAUGGAUCGGAAGCGUCCAAGCCUGUCUCAUGUUCAGUCUGGGCAUCAUCACGGGUCGUGCCUUGGACCGUGGAUGGUUUCGCCCCACCGUUGCUGUUGGUAUUGCCAUCCAGCUCCUUGGCAUAUUUGCGCUCAGCUUCUCGCAUACCUAUUGGCAGUUCCUCCUUACCCAAGGCUUUUGCACUGGAGUGGGAGGCGGCAUCUUCUUUGUGCCAAUCAUGGGUCUCUGCUCGACAUACUUCUCUACACAUCGCGGCAUCGCUAUUGGCAUUAUCACGACUGGAAAUUCAUUGGGUGCUGUCAUCUACCCGGUCGUGGUGCGUCAGUUGCUAGGCAAAAUUGGCUUCGGCUGGACCAUUCGCGUUCUGGGAUUUCUCAAUGUCGUUUGUCUCUUGAUCGCACUUGCGUUCAUGAAGCCUCGACUACCACCUAGAAAGGCUGGACCACUCAUAGAAUGGGAAGCUUUCACGGAUGUACCAUAUUGCUUGCACGUCUUGGGUAUAUGCUGUCUUAUGCCCCCGGUGUACUGCGUCCUGUACUAUCUUGCAACAUUUGCUCGAGAUGUUCUCAACAUGCCGUAUACCGAAUCGCUUAAUUUGGUCAUCAUUCUCAACGGCGUCGGAACUCCCGCUCGUAUCCUACCGGGGUAUAUCGCAGAUCGCUACAUUGGCGUUCUCAACGUCAUGAUUCUCAGCCUUGUUUUCAACAUUAUCGUUCUCUGGUCAUGGCUCGCGAUUGAAAGUAUCCCAGCCUACUACGCUUGGGCCGUCGCGUAUGGAAUUGCUUCAGCCGCUUUCCAGUCGCUCUUUACCACCACAAUAGCGGCUUACACAACUGAUAUUACCAAGACGGGUGCAAGAGUGGGUCUGGCGUUUGCAGUCAUUGGGUUGUCAGCACUGGUGGGUGGACCGAUUAGUGGUGCAUUGUUACUUGCAGCAGACGGAAAUUACACGGUCCCUAUUGCUUGGGCGAGUGCAAGCACAUGUGUCGGGACGGCUUUGUGUGCGGUUGCGAGAUGCAUGAGGUUUGGGUGGAAGAUCUUCAUCAAAUGCUGA